AUGGAUGAAUUUGAUAUUAAUCAUAGUCCUCAUAAUAAACCAGUGAGGACAGAUUUUUCUUUAAAUGAAGUAGGUGUUUUAGAUAAUGAUAGCUAGUACUAAGAUGAGGCUAAUUAAUAACCGGUUGUAGAUUAAUUGAAGCUAGAUGAUGUUCAAAUCAAUACCUAAGAAAAUGGAACAUCCUUGCCAAUUAGAUAAGACAGUGAAAACUAAUAGCUUUAAAAAUAGGAAAGCAAUGGAUAAUAAAAUAAUACAGGUGAUAAAAAGGAUUAAGAUAAGUAAGAAACAAUAGGCUAGUAAUAAAAUAAAUCGCAGCCAGAAGAUCUCAGAUUUGAUGACAUGGAUUACGAUUAGAAUGUCCACUUCAUGUUUAGAAUUAUAUUUAUCCAUUUGGUCAAACUUUCUGUAAAAAUUAAAAAGGCUAUUGUGAAGGGAUGCAAUUUAGGCUUGUAGCAUCUCCCAAAGAUAAAAGAAAAUCAUAAAGUUGAAAAAGUUACAGAUGAUUUUUAUGAUGAUAUCUUGAUGUUGAAAGCAACUAAUAAACUGUAGCCUUUUUAAAUAUUUAAGAAAUCAAUUAAGCUAUAUAAGGCUGAAAUUUUUUAAACAUUUGUCAUGUGCUUCUUAGAUGCAGGAUUUAAACUUUUUAAUUCAGUGGCUUUAAACUAUUGCAUAUAGUAUAUGAUAUAUGAAGACCAUAGAUCAGCUUAUAUUUGGGGUGGUAUUGUGCUAGCAUCAUUGGUUUUAUCUACUACUUUCAGACACGGUUCUUGGGCAGUAGGUUAAAAUAUAUUGUGCCGUGUUAGACUUUUGUAUGUUAAUGCUUUGUAUAAAAAAAUUAGCAAACUCAGCUCAUACUCAAUUAAAGAAGCUAACUUGGGUAAAGUAAUAAACUUGAUUUCUAGUGAUCUCAAUUCCACAGAAUUGAAGGGUUUCUUCAUAUUUAAUAUGAUUGUUGCUCCAUUCAUCUUUAUUGGUGCUCUUAUAAUUUUAUAUUUCCGUCUUGGACCAUAUGGUCUUUUAAGUGUAUUGUUUUUAUCCUUUGUGUUUCCCAUGCAAAACUAUUUUGGAAAAAAAGCUGCUCUGUACACUUAGAAAAGAACUGUGAAGAGUGAUGAGAGAGUAAAAUUAAUUAAUGAAGCCAUUGAAGGAAUAAGAUUGAUAAAAAUGUAUGGCUGGGAAAAGGCAUUCAGAUAAAUGGUUGAAAAGAUUCGUAGUGACGAAAUUUCAAUGGCUAUCAAGUCAAUCUGCAUUCAAUGUAUUGAAAAGACUUUCUCUAAGUGCUUUGUGCUUUUUGUUGCAACAAUAAUAUUCUGUAUUAUUCAUUACACUGGGUAUGAACUGAAUAGCGCAAAAAUAUUUUCAACUAUCGAAAUGCUUUAAUAUAUCCGUGUUAAUGUUAUGCUUUUCACAGGAAUGGGUAUCUCUUAUCUUUUCGAGUUGCGUAUCUUUUAUAAUAGAUUUAUAGACAUCAUAACUAUUAAAGAAACUGAAAUGACAGCUCUCAACAUGGAAAGUAAUACAGCUCAAUAAUAGUUAAGUGAUGAUUUAGCAGCUAAAUUUAGUAAUUUCAAUGCUUACUGGAGAUCUAGAGUUAAUACAGAUAAAAAGGAAAAUAAUUAACAAGUCGUAAUUUUGUAAACUGAGGGAGAUUAAAAGAUGUUAGCAACAGAAAAUAAUGAAUUAAUAGAAAAUUAAAUGAAGCCUGCUUUGAAGAACAUCAACUUAUCUAUUAAAAAGGGUGAGUUACUCGGUAUAGUAGGUAAAAUAGGAAGUGGAAAAACAACAUUUUUGCAAUGUUUCCUUAGAGAAAUACCUUCCUAUGAUGGUUCUUUUUUAACAUAAAAUAACAGCUCAGUUGCCUAUGUAGAGCAAGAACCUUAUAUUUUCUCAAGUACUGUGAGAGAAAACAUUCUAUUUGGAAAAUCAUAUGAAGAAUCAUGGUACAAUUAGGUAGUAAAAUAAUGUUGCUUACUUCCUGAUUUUAAAGAAAUGGGUAAAGGAGAUUAAACUGAAAUAGGAGAAAGAGGUAUAAAUAUUAGUGGAGGUUAGAAGGCUAGAAUCAGUUUAGCUAGAGCUGUAUACAGUAAGGCAGAUAUAUAUCUCUUAGAUGAUCCUCUUAGUGCUGUUGAUUCAAAAGUUGCUAAAAAGCUUUUCCAUAAUUGCAUUUAAGGAAUUUUAAAAAAUAGGACUGUGAUUUUAGUAACUCACUAGAUUCAUUAUACUAAAAACUGCGACAGAAUUAUUAUAUUUGAAGAAAAUGAGAUUAAAGACGAAGGUACCUUUUAGCAAAUGGAAGAAGAACUUAAAAAAUUAGCAGCUGGUUAACUGAAAUUCGAAACACAAUCUCAAAAAAGUAUAUCAAAUUCUAACAGCUAAAGAGAUUUGAUUGAUUAAAUAAAUGAAAAAAACGCAGAAUUAAAAAAUAAAGAAAAAGCAGAAGCUUAAAAUAAACUUUAACCUAAAUAAGUCAAAGAUAAUACAAAAGUUACAUUAAGAACUUAUUAAAGAUUCUUUGGUAUUGUAAACAGAAAGAUAUUUGGUUUUCCUCUUAUUCUAUUUGUACUAUUUGUAAGUUCAGAAAUAGCAUUCACAGUUUUCAAUAGAGGUUUGGGAUAUUACGAUUCAACAAGCGAUGAAUCAAAAGGAAAGUUGUUUGGUUUCCUAUUCGGCUUUUCUUCUUUAUAUUUGAUCUUGAAUUUCUUGAAAUACAUUUUGCUUUCUGUUGGUAUUUUGAAAGGAAGUUAAAUCCUUCAUGACGAUAUGUUUAAAUCUUUAACUAGAGCACCUGUGUUAUUUUUUGAUUAAACUCCUGGUGGAUAUCUGAUGAAUAAAUUUUCAAAUGAUAUUGGUCUAAUGGAUAAUGCACUAAAUUAUUCUGCUAAUGAUGGUCUUGAUAUCAUGUUCUAUUUCUUGAAUUUGAUGAUUACUUGUUGUGUAAUUAAUCCUUUUGUCAUUAUCCCUGCAGUAUGCACAAUCAUUUUGUUGCUAUUUUUCUUAAAUUAUAGCAAGGAUAUAAUUAUAAGAUCAAAAAUUAUUGACUUAUAGUUUAAAAACCCAGUGUUUUAGUUCUUCCAAUCAACUUUAUCAGGUGUUAUUCCCAUAAAAAUUUAUAAUUAAAAGUAAAAUUUUGCUACAAAAAUGUAACAACUUUGCAAUAAUAGCAUUUAGACAAACAUUAUUUAUUGGCUUGUUGGUAGAUUCUUUGGAGUUUUCUGCUAAUAUAUAGCUACAGCGGGUUCUGGUGCUGGUGUCUUUAUUAUUAUAGGUUUAUCUUCAGGUAAUCCAGGGUUAGCAGGGUAGAGUUUAACAUAUUUUAUGAUGAUGACAGAUUCUAUUUAAUGGUGUUUGAGAUAAUUGUUAAAUGUAGAUUCAGUUAUGUCCUCCUGUGAAAGAGGUUACUAAAUGGUAGAUUAGCCUUCUGAAGCUGAACUGAUUAGCGAAUACGAUAUAAAAAAUGGUUUAGUUAAUAAAUAAGAUUUGCUUGAAGAUAAUAUUAAGGUAACAAAAACAGAGCUUGCAAAACCAAAUGCAAUUACUUAAUGGCCUAAGCAAGGAAAUUUAGAGUUCAAAAAUGUUUUUAUGAGAUACUCCAAAGAUCUUAACCCAGUAUUAAAAGGUCUUAAUUUUAAUAUCAAGUAAGGAUAAAAGGUAGGAUGUAUUGGCAGAACAGGUGCUGGAAAAUCUUCAAUUCUAUAAGCCCUUUUUAGAAUGACAGAAGUAGAAUAAGGAUCUCAAAUUAUUUUUGAUGACUAAGAUACAGCUAAACUCGGUUUGCAUACUCUUCGUUAAAAAAUUUCUAUUAUUCCAUAGGUUCCUUUUGUAUUUGCUGGUACUAUUCGUAGAAAUUUGGAUCCACUAGGCCAUCACAGUGAGAAGGAAUUAUGGGAUUCGCUCAAAAUGGUCGAGUUAGAUCAACAUGUUUUAAAAAAUUGUCCUCAAUAACUUGAUACUGAUAUGACUAAUGUCUAGAGUGUAUUUUCAGUUGGUUAAAAGUAGUUGAUUUGCCUAGCAAGAGCAAUUUUAAAGAAAAAUAAAAUGUUGGUUUUAGAUGAAGCAACAGCUAAUGUAGAUAUGGAGACAGAUAAGUUGAUUUAAAAAACAAUACGUGAAAAAUUUGAAGAUAGCAGUGUUCUUACUAUAGCACACAGAUUAAAUACUAUUGCAGAUUAUGAUAAAGUUAUAGUAAUGGAUUAAGGUGUUGUAGCAGAAUGUGACGAACCUUACAAUUUAUUAGCUGAAAGUGUUGAAGACACAUUUAUAACAAAAAACACUUUGUUUGCAUAGAUGGUUUUACAUACAGGAAAAAACAAUGCAAUUAAUAUUUUCAGCAAUGCUAAGAGUAAGUACUUGCAAAUGCAUAACAUUGAAGAAUUCUGA